GAACGGUAAUUGUACUUGCACUUUAUGGAUUUCAUAGUACUUAGUUGUACCCAAGACUUUAAUAGUGAUUGUAUCUACUAUCAAUUAUAGCUAGACUAUGGCAAAGCGGGUUCUUGUCACAGGCGCAUCAGGCCUCUUUGGAAGAGCUAUCUACAAGGAAUUCUUGUCUGAUAACUCUUGGGAGACACUUGGUCUGGCUUUCAGCCGAGCGAAGGAAAGUUUAAAGAAACUAGACAUCACUGAUGAAAAUCAAGUCAAGGAAGUCAUCAACACUUUCAGACCCUCGGUAAUAAUCCACAGUGCUGCUGAGAGGAAGCCCGAUGCAGUGGAAAACGACCCUGAUGGAACAAAGAAGCUCAAUCUCUCCGCUACAGAUUACAUUUGUCAGGCUGCAAAAUCCAUUGGUGCCUGGGUUCUGUACAUCAGCACUGAUUAUGUGUUUGAUGGGAAAUCCCCUCCAUAUGAUGAAGAUGCAAAACCAAAUCCCCUCAACAAGUAUGGACAGAGUAAACUAGAGGGUGAAAAAAUUACAUUGGAAGCUUCUCCAGAGAACUCAGUUUUACGAGUGCCAAUCUUGUAUGGAGAUAUAGAGUACAUUGCAGAGAGUGCUGUUACAAUUCUGUUUGAGAAGAUUGUAAAAGGGUCUGAAUUGAUUGCAUCUGAUUAUGAAAAGAGAUACCCCACUCACUGUGAUGACAUAGCUUAUGUUAUUAGACAACUAGCAGAUAGGAGGCUUCAGGAUCCAGAAAAAGUUCAUGGAGUUUUCCACUGGUCAUCUAAUGAAGAAAUGACAAAAUAUGACAUGUCUAUUGCCAUGGCAUCAGCCUUUUCCCUGAGUACAGAAAACAUUAAAGCAGACAGGACUCCCUCUAAGGGAGCUCCCCGACCCUAUAACACACACUUAUCCUGCAAGAAGAUGGAAGCUCUAGUCUCUGGGAGGCAAACACCAUUUUCUGAGGGAAUAAAGACAGUCUUGCAGCCAUAUUUUAAUAAGUAGAUAGGAAUAUUGCUGUUUAAAAUAAAUGCAUUUAACUUAAAUGAGUGCUGACGUAGUUUUAAUGGCUUACUCUGCUGUUCUUUGAUAUUUUAGUAUUGUGGGCUUCAAAAUGUAAACUGUCAAUGUAUAAUAUGCAAUGAAAACAAAUAUAAUAGUGUUUUGAAUUCUAUAUUACAAGUAUCUAUGAUGAACACUUUUUGGGGAACAGUCUAUGGUAAUAUACAAUAAAACAUUACAAACUCA